AGUCCGCACCGUCAGUCGUCCGUCGUCUUCCGUGCCGCGCGAUCGCAUCUCGUGUCCCGACGGUCAUUCGAUCGUUACGAUCCGAUUGUCGUUUGUAAUUUUUUUUUUUUUUUAAUUUUCCCGCGCGCGUUGUUCCGUACCGUUGCCGAUUGUUGAACCCGUUGUCCGUGCCGUACCCUCGUCGCGCGCAUCCGAACGUCGUCUUACCGGAAUGGAUCCGAUCGCGUCCCGUCGCAGGAUCGCCCCGGCUCGGGGUACCGUGAUCGCGUGAACCGUUGCGCGCGCGAAUAACAUGACGCAAGACGAUAGCACCGCGGUUGCGAGAUUCGCGUACAACGAUCACGACGACGAACUACUACUGCUACGCGAUUUCUGCGCUUGCGACACGAUCGCGUGAAAAACCCGUCGACUUUGGCGCUGCCUGUCACCGCCGCCGAUCCACGUUGGACGACCAAAGAACGACGGAAUAUGUUCCGGAGAUGGAGAUGAGCGUUUAACGCCCCGGCGUAGAGUCGUCUCCGAAACGGACGGUCAGAGCGACUGCGCUCACGCACUGCACAGAUCGAAGACGCGACAACCACACUCGAUCAUGACGCGGACGGCGGCAACGCGGCUGAUGACGGUCGCGACCGCGUUACUGUUAGCCGCGGGCGGCACGCAGUGCAGCAUGCAACCAGUGGCCGUGACGAACGCGGCAGCCGGGACGGGCCCGGCGGCCUCGUCGGCGUCCGGCGCGGCGGCGGCCGCUGCCGCGUCAGGUUCCGCGGCGGCGGGCCGGUGCGAGGAGAUCACGAUCCCGAUGUGCCGGGGCAUCGGGUACAACAUGACGUCGAUGCCGAAUCAGCUGAACCACGAGACGCAGGAGGAGGCGGGCAUGGAGGUGCACCAGUUCUGGCCACUGGUGGAAAUCAACUGUUCGGCGGACCUAAAGUUCUUCCUUUGCUCGGUGUACACGCCCAUAUGCAUCGAGGAGUACCAGAAACCGUUGCAGGCGUGCCGGAGCGUUUGCGAACGGGCGCGGGACGGCUGCCUGCCGGUGAUGCAGCGGUACGGGUUUGUGUGGCCGGAGAAGAUGCAGUGCGACAAGCUGCCGGUGCACGGUGGCCCGGAGCUGUGCAUGGCCCAAGACGUGUACGAGCAGGGCGCGGCGGCCGGGGCUAAGCCCACCAGGAAGCCGGCCGCGGGGUCGGGCCCGACGGCGGUCGGGGGCGCCAAGUGCAAACCGGGCAGCCGGGCCAAGGAGUGCGAGCAACGGUACGCGUUCGGCGACGACUGCGAGUGCCGGUGUCGGCCGCCGCUGGUGCCCGUGGACAGAGACUCGUCGCGGUAUAACCGAACCGUGUCGGUGGCCGGCGUGGAGAACUGCGCGAUGCCGUGCCGCGGCGUGCUGUUCACGGACGACGAGAAAGACUUUGCGGCCACGUGGAUCGCGCUCUGGUCGAGCAUAUGCUGCGUGACGACGUUGAUGACGCUCACCACGUAUACUAUCGACACGCAGCGGUUCAAAUACCCGGAGAAGCCGAUCGUGUUCCUGUCCGGGUGCUACCUGAUGGUCAGCCUGGGCUACCUGAUCCGCGUGUACGCGGGCCACGACGCGGUGGCGUGCGAGCCGGAUGGCUCCGUGCGGUACCACGCGUCCGGGCCCACGCCAUGCACACUGGUGUUCCUGCUGCUCUACUUCUUCGGCAUGGCCUCGUCCAUCUGGUGGGUGAUACUGGCGUUCACGUGGUUCCUGGCAGCCGGCCUGAAGUGGGGCAACGAGGCGAUCGCGUCUUACUCGCAGUACUUCCACCUGGCAGCGUGGCUCAUACCCACCGUCAAGUCGCUGGGCGUGCUGGUCAUGUCCGCGGUGGACGGCGACGCGUUUGCCGGCGUCUGCUACGUGGGCAACCAGAACCCCGACCACCUGAAGAUGUUCGUGCUGGCCCCGCUCAUCGUCUACCUGGCGUUGGGCGUGUCGUUCUUGCUCGGCGGUUUCGUGUCGCUGUUCCGCAUCCGGAACGUCAUCAAGCAGCAGGUGGGCCGCAGCAAGGCGGACAAGCUGGAGAAACUCAUGAUCCGCAUCGGCGUGUUCAGCGUGCUGUACACCGUGCCCGCGUCCGUCGUCAUCGGGUGCCACUACUACGAGGCGCGAUACAUGCCCGAUCGCGUCGCGCACCUCGCGUGUCCUUGCGCCGAACCGGACCCCGACACCAAGCCCGUGUACACCAUGCUCAUGCUCAAGUACUUCAUGACGUUGGUGAUGGGUGUCACGUCCGGCGUCUGGAUAUGGUCCGGCAAGACGGUCGGCUCGUGGAGGCGGCUGUCGCGACGGCUGUUCGGCGGCGGCCGUGGCAGCGUGGGAGGCGGCCACUGCGGCGGUCACGGGCGUGCAGGUUGCAAGGGCGGUGGCGGCCCGUGCAACCCUGUGCUCAUCAACCCGGGCGUCAAGCACCAGCAACUGCACCAGCAGCAGCAGCAGCGCAAGCAGUUGCAGUACAUGCCCGCGCCGUCGUCGGUGCCCGGCAGCACGCUGCCUUCAUCCCAUCACUUGGCCCCGUCGUCCAGCUUGCACCACCACCACAUCAUCAAGCAGGGCGCACCGCUUAGUCACGUAUGACAUCAGUACGCCACGCCUGCCCUCAGCUACGAGCAACCGGACCCGUCCGAGGACAUGAUGCCGUCCACCACGGGUCUCAGCGAUUACGGUCCUCUGUAAUGCGAGGACCGGUGGGCAGGAUUGACGGCGGCCACGCGCACGCGUUAACACACACACAAACACACACCACAUACAUACACACACAUACACACACACACACACACAUAUAAACGCAUCAAUGAUCUCGAUUGUAUUAUACAUUUUCAUUUUAAACCUCUAUCAAAAUCUCCCUCUCCCCGCGUACAUAUUUUACGGUUUAGCAUGUACUUCUUUUGCACGCCCACGCAGUGCGUCCGUAAAUCACGCGUCGUCCGUCCGUCGGUCAACAUGUUCGCAUAACCGGAACCAAACUCUCGCGUGGUCCGGACGACAACCGCGGUUUACGGGAACACCGCGUUUCCGACGAUCCGGCGAUGAUGGCGCACAGACGGUUUUCAUCAAAACGUCGUUCGAUGGCCGUGCAUACGUUCAUGUUUCACAUCCGGCGCUUUGCCCUGAAUCCCGUCUUUAUAUAUUAUAUAUGGUAUGUUAUUAUUUUGUAAAUAGAAAUUCUAUAAUUGCGUAUAAAUAAUAUAUAAUUAUACGUACACCAUAAGACGUCGUAUUAUGUACAAUAGAGACGUAACAAGCGUAUACUAGUCGUAACGGUUAAGUUGUGUAUUUUUUUUUUAUUAUUAUUUUUUUUAUUUUUUAUAUAUAUUCUCGUUAUUGUGUUUUAGCGGUAAGGUACCCUUUUAUACUGUAAUUAAUGUAAAAAGGUAAAUACGACAUUCGGUUAACCGAGAUUACUAUAAUUUACUCGUUUGUUUAUUCUCUACGUAAAGAACGAACGAAUACGAUUAUAUUAUUAUUAUUAUUAUUAUUAUUAUUAUUAUCAUCAUGUGUUGUUCGCUAAAGCCGUGCAAUAUACUGUAUGCUUAUGGUUUUAUUUUAUUUUUUUAUUAUAUAAACUGUUUGUGUAAGCCAAAAAUGUUGUAUUAUUCGUGACGUUUUAGUCCCGUAUUUGUACUACCUAACAUAAUAGUCAACGAUGUAUAGACAUGCGAAAGCAAAAACCAACUGUAUACGUAA